ACGUGUGUGUGAACGCGACCACAAUGGACCAGGAUGGCAUUUUGUCUCAGGAGCCGAUCACUCAAACCUCUCAACAAGGAGACAGAACUAUGCAGCUGAAUCCUGAUGGGAAACAGUGGACUUCUCUUACAAAGAUAGAAUCCUCCCUGUGUUACUUACUGACUGUAAGAGUCAUAAGAGCAAGAAAUAUCCACCAGGCAGAUGUCUUGAGCCAAACUGAUUGCUAUGUGAGCCUGUGGCUGCCAACUGCUUCAAAUGACAAAUUUCAGACUAAAGCCAUCAAGAAUUGCAAAGAUCCAGUCUGGAAUGAAACCUUCUACUUCAGGAUCCAGAGUCAGGUCAAGAAUGUGCUGGAGCUGGCACUCUACGAUAAGGACGUGGUUACUCAGGAUGACCACCUCUUCACAGUGUACUUUGACAUAGCCAAACUCUCCCUGGGAGAGGAAGUCUUCAUGCACUUCAAGUGUGAUUCACAGAGACAAGAGGAGUUGGAGGUGGGAUUUGCCUUGGAUAAUAUGUGAGUAAACAUGAAAUGCAACAUUACCUGGAAU